AGAGCGAGGCGACGGCUGGGCAACGGGAGCUCGCCGGUUUAAUGGCCGCCAUGUUGGAUGGGAAGUGAAGUGGAAGGAGAGCAGGGAGAGGGAGAAGGGGGAAAAUAACCCACAGAAACUGGCCGCCAGCAACGGAAACUGCUCCUCCGUAGUCGGGAGAGGGCGAUCAGCCAUCGAUCGGGAGAGCGAAGGAAGCGGCGCUGGGGGGGGGGAAAAGUUUAGAUAUUUUGUAUGGUUUUAAAUUUUUCCCCCCUAAUACAAUAAAAAAGGGACAAUGGCGGAUCCGGCAGAGUGCAGUAUAAAAGUGAUGUGCCGUUUCAGGCCGCUGAAUGAGGCGGAAAUCCAACGCGGUGAUAAAUGUAUCUGCAAAUUUCAAGGGGACGAAACGGUGUCGGUCGGGGGCAAGUCCUAUGUGUAUGACCAUGUUUUUCCAUCAAAUGCAACACAAGAACAAGUGUACAAUGCAUGUGCAAAAAAUAUUGUCAAAGAUGUACUUGAUGGAUAUAAUGGUACAAUAUUUGCAUAUGGGCAAACAGCCUCCGGUAAAACUCACACAAUGGAGGGAACACUUCAUGAUCCUGAUUGUAUGGGAAUAAUUCCCAGAAUAGCCCAAGAUAUUUUUAAUUAUAUUUACUCCAUGGAUGAGAAUUUGGAAUUCCACAUCAAGGUUUCAUAUUUUGAAAUAUAUUUGGACAAGAUUAGGGAUCUUUUGGAUGUAUCCAAGACCAAUCUCUCUGUCCAUGAAGAUAAAAAUAGAGUACCUUAUGUGAAGGGUUGCACUGAACGUUUUGUUUGCAGUCCUGAUGAGGUCAUGGAUACAAUUGAUGAAGGAAAAUCCAACAGACAUGUAGCAGUUACAAAUAUGAAUGAGCACAGUUCACGUAGCCACAGUAUCUUUCUUAUUAAUGUCAAACAAGAAAACACUGCAACGGAGCAGAAGCUAAGUGGCAAGCUUUAUUUGGUUGACUUGGCAGGUAGUGAAAAGGUUAGUAAAACUGGAGCAGAAGGUGCAGUUCUAGAUGAAGCCAAGAAUAUCAACAAGUCUUUGUCAGCACUGGGGAAUGUCAUUGCUUCCCUAGCAGAAUCAAGUUCAUAUGUACCAUACCGUGACAGCAAAAUGACGAGGAUUUUGCAGGAUUCGCUGGGUGGUAACUGCAGAACCACAAUAGUUAUUUGCUGCUCUCCAUCAACCUAUAAUGAAGCAGAGACUAAAAGCACAUUGAUGUUUGGUCAAAGAGCCAAGACCAUUAAGAAUACUGUAACAGUUAAUGUUGAGCUAACAGCAGAACAAUGGAAGAAGAAAUACGAGAGAGAAAAGGACAAGAACAAGACCUUGAGAAAUACUAUACAGUGGCUUGAAAAUGAGCUCAAUAGAUGGCGCAAAGGUGAGACUGUACCUCUAGAAGAACAGUAUGACAAAGAGAAAAACAAAGAAGCACUUGAGAUUGUUCUCACUAAUGACAAAAUAGAGGAAACUCCUACUGUCAAACUCACUGAUGCAGAAAAACUGAAGAUGGAUUCAGAAAUUUCUAAACUGUACAAGCAGCUUGAUGAUAAGGAUGAAGAGAUCAACCAGCAAAGCCAGCUGGUGGAAAAACUUAAGCAUCAAAUGUUGGAUCAGGAAGAACUUCUAGCAUCCACCAGACGAGAUCAAGAUAACAUGCAAUCAGAGCUGAAUCGCCUGCAGGCUGAGAAUGAUGCCUCCAAAGAGGAAGUGAAGGAAGUGUUGCAAGCCUUGGAAGAACUUGCAGUAAACUAUGACCAGAAAUCACAAGAAGUUGAGGACAAAACAAGGGAAUUUGAGUUACUAAGUGAUGAACUGGGUCAAAAAUCGGCUACAUUGACGUCAAUUGAUGCUGAGUUGCAAAAACUGAAGGAAAUGACCAAUCAUCAGAAAAAACGAGUGACUGAAAUGAUGACAUCAUUGUUAAAGGAUCUUGCAGAAAUUGGAAUUGCAGUUGGAAACAAUGAUGUUAAGCCUGAAGGAAGUGGCCUUCUGGAUGAGGAAUUUACAGUGGCACGGCUGUACAUUAGUAAAAUGAAAUCUGAAGUGAAGACCAUGGUAAAACGCUGCAAGCAGUUGGAGAGUACGCAAGUUGAUAGUAACCAGAAAUUAGAAGAGAAUGAAAAGGAACUGGCAGCUUGUCAACUUCGCAUCUCUCAGCAUGAAGCAAAGAUCAAGUCACUCACGGAAUACCUGCAAAAUGUUGAGCACAAAAAGCGGCAUCUAGAAGAAUCUGUUGAUUCACUGAAUGAAGAUCUGGUCAAGCUUCAAGCACAAGAAAAAGUACAUGAAAUGGAAAAGGAGCACUUGAACAAAGUACAGACUGCAAAUGAAGUGAAGCAAGCUGUAGAGCAACAAAUGCAGAGCCACCGUGAGGCGCACCAAAAACAGAUCAGCAGUCUAAGGGAUGAGAUUGAAAAGAAGGAGAAGCUCAUCACCGACCUUCAAGACCAAAAUCAGAAAAUGAUGCUGGAGCAGGAGCGGCUACAUGUAGAACAUGAAAAGCUAAAAACUGUGGAUCAGGAAAAAAGCCGUAAAUUACAUGAAUUAACCAUUAUGCAGGAUCGGCGAGAGCAAGCAAGGCAGGACCUCAAAGGACUGGAAGAGACUGUGGCAAAAGAGCUCCAGACACUCCAUAAUCUCAGGAAGCUGUUUGUUCAAGAUUUGGCCACUAGAGUCAAAAAGAGUGCUGAAAUGGAUUCUGAUGAUACUGGUGGUAGUGCUGCACAGAAGCAAAAGAUCUCCUUUCUUGAGAACAACCUUGAACAGCUCACUAAGGUUCACAAACAGUUGGUACGAGAUAAUGCAGAUCUUCGUUGUGAGCUUCCAAAACUGGAGAAACGACUGAGAGCUACAGCUGAAAGAGUCAAGGCUUUGGAGUCCGCAUUAAAGGAAGCGAAAGAGAAUGCAGCUCGAGAUCGCAAACGUUACCAGCAGGAAGUGGAUCGCAUCAAGGAAGCUGUUCGAGCAAAGAACAUGGCAAGGAGAGUACAUUCUGCACAGAUUGCUAAACCCAUCCGUCCUGGUCAACCACCCAUGGCAUCUCCAACUCAUCCAAGUGCAAUUCGUGGAGGAGGUGGAUUCUUCCAGAACAGCCAAGCAGUCGCAGUACGUGGAGGUGGCGGUGGCGUAAAAUCAGAUAAGUUUGUCCCUGGAGGGAUGGUUAAUAAUGCUGAAAUUGGAGACAUUGGCUUCUUGCCUUCAACUGUUAAAGCUGCUAAAGCAACAACAUAAUCAAAGAGAAGCAGAUAUCAUCCAAACACCCCAUCAUUCCAAGGCAGUGUGAACUCUGCAACUUAGACUUUUCACAGGAUUAUUUUUGGAAAAAUUGGAAAAAAAACUGGCCUGUACAGUUACAUCCUUGCAAAAUAAGAGUGCAAUGUAGGCAUCUUGCAAAUACUACAUGUGAUUUAAUGUGUAGCUUCAUUGCACAGUACGUUGUCAUUCAUGUCUUAAAUUUAGUCUGCACUGUGCCAAGUUGAAUGUACGUUGUUGCAGGAAAACUUUAGCAGAAGCGUUGAAGCCUAAUUUGUGUACAUUUCAUUGUUUUAGGAUUUGUGAAACAAUGUCGCCAAGUAGAUUUGAUAAGCUUGUUUUACAGUGGAAAAAUGAUUUGGAGGAACCCAGCUAUAACCCUUGUGUAAAUUAAGAUAGUACUUGAAGUUUUUCUUGAAAUGAGAUUUUUAUCUUGGUUUAAGAUGAAGAGGAGUAGUACAAUUUGAAUACUGAAGGUGCAUUUAUGACUAUGUGGUUAGAGCAGAGAGCUAGGAUAGUACAGGAAAAAAAAGCUGCUAAUAAAAUACUGGAAUGUUUGAGAUUGUUUAACAUGAAUAUAUUGCAUUGUCUGACUAAGGUUUUGGGAAGAACAGAUUAAACUAUGCUGAAAAUGUAUUGCUGACCAUAAAUGUAAAAGGAAACAGUUAAAAGGCAUUAUAUUUGGAGGUGGAAGGAACUUGCAGCUGCAUGUCCUGUCCAGAUUCUUUGUCUUUUUUUUAUGGUGAACUAGGGGUCAGUGUUUCACUACUGGCUUUACUAUACGUAUAAUAAAAUAACAUUAAAAAGAGCAUUUGAGUUUAAAAAAAAGUUGCACUUGUUCUGGUUGUAUAAUUGGUUUCAGUUGAAGUGCAAAAUUUAAAAACAAUUUUGAAUGGCAAUUGUUAAUCACUUUUUUCAAUGCUUAUACAUCUUGCUCAUAUCUAAUGUUUUCUUUUUAAAUGCUUGGUACGUGCUAUUGAUCACCAGACUCAGUGGUAGCCAUUAACAUGCAGCAUGUAGAAAAAAGUCACAAAUGGAAAACCUGUGCAAAUUUGCAGUACCAUUUUACCAUAAUUGGUUCUUUGUAGGUAAGUUCUAAAUGUUAAUACCAUGACGAACUCUAAUGGCACAAAAUGCUUGUGUUGACUCUGUCUAGGUUGAAUUAAACUAAAGUUUAUCCUAAGGAAUAACUCAGACUCUACCAUUAUGCUUACACAGUUAUGGCACUUGCAGAAUAAAAUGGUAGUUUUUAACCUAAGUCAAAAAGGAAGGAAUAACUUAAACGGUGCACAAAGUUGCAUAACUGUGAGAAUCAAUUAUUGGAAUAAAUAAGAAAGCAGUAUGAGGUGAUCAACACAAUUUCACUGAAGUGUCCCCAAGGACGACUCAACUGGGCAUAAAUGUUGUUGAGAUGUAUCUUAAAAUGGUACAUGUUUUUAAAAAAAAGCCUCAAUCCUGCAUGUAAUAUUUGUAAUUUCACAAAUAUACAUGUCUCUGUUUGCCAAUUCAAAUAGGAUUGUGUCAUGAUAUUGUGCACAGCUUCUUGGCAAAAGGCUGUUUAUCCUGAACUCAAUGGAUUAAAGCUUUAUAUCAAUGUUAAUGGCCUUGUCUAUCGGAUACUUAAAUAAUUUCAUUUGUAUACAAAGGAAAAUGCACUUUUCAAGAAAGUGGUCAAUUUGGCAGAUAGUGCAACUUAAAUAAAUGACUAAACCAAGACUCAUGAUGUAUCUUUUUAAAAACACAUGGUGAUUAUUAUUUUUGGCACUGUGUACUGUAUUUCUGUCUCUCUAUUUUAUAGCUUUUUUUAAACUUUGCAGUUGCUGGAAGCUCACCAACAAAUCAGCCAGUAAAGCAACUGAGAGGUAAACAGUACAAACAUGUUUCAAGCACGAGUGAAGGUCAAUUUGUAUCUAGGGCCUUUUCGUUUCAGGGUAUUUGACAUUCUAAACACUGAUCAGCCAGUCAGUGUAUCUAGACAAAAAUUUCUAUAAGUGCUGUAUUUAUAAUAAACAUCUUUAAAUCUUAUUACCUUUAUUCCUAAGAACAAUAUCACCAUGUGCUUUUUUUAAUUAGAAGUAUUUGGACCAUAAUAAGACUAUGCUCAUUGUCCAAGACAGAACUUAAUAACUGUUUUUGUAAUUUUGUCUCAUCAAUAUUGUAAAUCUCCUGAUUUUUGCAUAUUUGUGUAUGGCUUUCUGUUCAGAUAGGAGGAUCUGUAUAUUAGGUCUAACACUCAGAAUUGGUUGAUAGGUGCAGUCACUGCCUAAGAGACAUUACUAGUUUAAGGGCCAAUAGUUCAAUAUUGCAAUCUUUGUGAAUUUCCAAUUUGUGACAUCUGUAUCAAAGUUGCCAUUGCAAAUCAUCUGGACAGGGCUGUGAGCUGGAUGUUGAAUACAAAUUUAUUAUUUGUUGAAUAGUAACUGCCUCGCUGUCCUGAUUGCAUUGCAGUGUACUCUUCAAGUGCUUAUUGUAAGCUUGUUCCUCACAUCUUGUAGAAAUAAUCGAGUUUAUGCUUUAAAACCAUUUGAAUAAAAACCUAGUAUUUAUUCAUGGUGAUCAACUAAAUUAUUUGCAUUAUUUAAACAAUGCUAAAGAAAUUACUGUAAUAGUUCUAAAUUUGACAUGAGAUGACACUAAGGUAUCCGCCUGUGGAAUAUGGUGCAGAAUAAGUCGGACAGCAGAAGGCGCAUAAAAUUCUGUUUUGGUUAAGCCAUCAUUUAGUUUUGACUGACUGCAUGCUGUAAAUGUAUUUGUGUUUAAAUAAAUAUGACUUUUGUCUGGGAA